CUCCGCGUUCGUGCCAAUCCAAGCGAAACAAACGGCGUGACGGGAGCCAAGAGCCCGAGAGCGCCCUCCGCGGCCGCCGCACCGCGUCGUCGUUGUCCCCAGCCAACCCAACCCAGCGCAAUCCCAAACGAAUCCAGCCCCACCUCAGCCGCUGCGCGGACCUCCGAAUCCCGGCGCCGGUGCGCGCAGGGCACCGCAGGGCGCGGCGCGGCCAUGGACAUGGACAGCGUGGAGUGCCUCUCCCUCCCGGACGCUGCCAUGGACGUGGACGACAUCGAAGGCCGCCCGCACCACGGCCAUCUCGGCCUCCCGCUCCACCCCGCCCACCUCCCAUCCUCAGGUGCCGGCCGCGCGUUCCCCAAGGUGAAUGCCGGGGGCGCCGUGGCGGGCCCGGCGGGAGCGGCGGGCACAGCAGGAGCAGGCGUGGGGCCGCCGGCGACCAGCGUGCACGAGCUGCUCGAGUGCCCCGUCUGCACCAACUCCAUGUUCCCGCCAAUCCAUCAGUGUCAAAAUGGACAUACUUUGUGUUCGACAUGCAAGGCCAGGGUGCACAACAGGUGCCCUACAUGCAGACAAGAGCUUGGUGAUAUCAGGUGCUUAGCAUUGGAAAAAGUAGCAGAGUCACUUGAGCUUCCCUGUAAGUACUGCUCUUUAGGGUGCCCAGAGAUCUUCCCAUACUACAGCAAGAUAAAGCACGAAGCACAGUGCAGCUUCAGGCCAUAUACCUGCCCCUAUGCUGGUUCUGAAUGUGCUGUGGCUGGUGAUAUUCCAUUCCUUGUUGCACAUUUGAGGGAUGAUCACAAAGUCGAUAUGCACAGCGGCUGCACGUUCAACCAUAGAUAUGUCAAGUCCAACCCGCGAGAGGUUGAAAACGCCACCUGGAUGCUUACGUACUUCUGCCUGCACUUCGAGGCAUUCCAGCUCGGAAUGGCUCCAGUCUACAUGGCUUUCCUCCGGUUCAUGGGUGAUGAGAAUGAUGCGAGGAACUACACAUAUAGCCUAGAGGUUGGUGGUAACGGGAGGAAGAUGGUGUGGGAAGGUACUCCUAGAAGCAUCCGUGACAGCCACCGCAAGGUCCGUGACAGCCAUGAUGGCCUCAUCAUCCAGAGGAACAUGGCGCUGUUCUUCUCGGGCGGUGACAGGAAGGAGCUGAAGCUGAGGGUGACUGGGCGGAUCUGGAAGGAGCAGACCAACCCGGACGGGGCCUGCAUUCCUAACCUUUGCAGCUGAGCAAGGGAGACGUUUGGAAAGCAAAAAAGAAAGAAAAUACGGUGCUGUUUGGCUGGCUUGUCUCAAAAUUGCCACGUUAUGCUUUCAUCAUAGUGUCUGCCGUUGAAAUGUUGUAGUAGUAAAAUCGUAGGGUGUAAAAUGUUUUCUUGUAAAGUCAUUGUGUAUACCAACCAAAUUCAAGAAAGCUUACAAGUUGGCCCAUAAAUGCAUGUGCUACGUUCUUGUGUAGUUUGAGUUCUGUUAUCAAGGUAUUGGGCUCAGGAAA